AUGAUCUCCGCCACCGAUCGUGAACUGUCAAAAGAUUCAUCUAAUGAGCACCUCGAGAACCUAAAUAUUCUAUUUUGCGCGCUACAAGCUCUCCACACGACUGUCGGCUCCUUCAUCAGCUGCACACAAUAUCAACGACACCUACUCGUCUCGCGCCUCAGACAACUCCGACAUCUCUUCUCCUACGCCCUUCUCAGCAUUUCUAUCACGGUUGAAGAACAAGCUCUGAUUGCCACCCAUUAUCUUAGCAUCAACAAGCACGAGGAGCUCAAGAUCAAGAUCGCGGAUAUCCAGGAACAGAUCAUCCGGCGUUGUGCUGGAGGAUCUUCUUGCGACAUUCUUCGACACCUGAAAAUCGAACUGGUUGAGGCCAAGGAGGGUGCCGCCGAACACUUGGUGACGGCACAUGAGGCACUUCGCCCCAUCCACACGGAGAUGGACAAGUGUCGCCUGUUGGGUUCAGACGAGAGCGUUGCGAAGCUUAACGAACUACAGGCCGCGAUGGCCUCGGCAUCGAAAAGGCGCUAA